AUGCGCUAUCGAACAAGCUACCUAGUGCCCUGUGAGCACGAGCUGCGCCCCAUCGUUGCCCCAAUCGUCGCCCAAAUCGUCGCCCCCACCACUCGCCCGCUCAGUCUGUUCAGUUCGCUCCAGUUCACUUCAGUCGUCCGCCUCGAUGCUGCCGUGGCACCUUCGAAAUCCUGCCCUUCACCCACCAAACAACAACCCCCCGCCCUCCUCCUCCAUCCUCGUCGUUCCGCAGAACAGACCGUCAUCGCCCACCGCCAUAACAUAGCAGCGCUGUCCAGCCUCCCUCCCCCCCCCGAUCCUCGAGCUGCCACCAUGAUCGACGACGAGAAGAGUGCGGCGACGAGCGGGGCUGAAGAGAUCCCAUCUCGUCCUUCCGUCACCGUCGGCAAGUUUGACGAUAACCUGGAACCCUUCUCGUACGACGAAGAUGACGACCGCUUCAGCUACGUCACCCAGCAGCAGCAGCAGCAGACGGCGACGGAGCAUGACCUUAACGUCACCGAGGAUGACCUGCUCGAGGCCAAGGAGCUCGCCUCCCAGUACACGCUCGGCGAGGUCCGCGACAUCAUGAUGCGUGUCCGCCGCAUACACGAAAAGGACCCCAACUUCCCCUCCACCGUCAUCCAGAAGAUAAAGGCCUUCCUCGACAACGACGACGUCUUCGCCUCGCCCGAGGAGCACCAGCACCUCAUCCAGGAGAUGAAGCUCGAGGCCGCCCUCGUCACCUCCAACAGCCCCUACGCCGAGGUCCGCGCCGUCGUCAGCAACAAGGACGACCCCAAGACGCCCUGCUCCACCAUCCGCAGCUGGGCCAUCGGCCUCUUCUUCUCCGUCCUGCUCGCCUUCAUCAACCAGCUCUUCGACAUCCGCCAACCCGCCAUCCGCGUCAUGGCCAACGUCGCCCAGCUGCUCGCCUACCCCAUCGGCAAGGCCGCCGAGAAUUGGCUCCCCGACGCCGGUGUCAGCUUCGCCGGCGUCCGUCACUCCCUCAACCCGGGGCCCUUCACCCGCAAGGAGCACAUGCUCAUCACCAUCAUGGCCAAUGUCGCCUACAACACGCCCUACACCAACUACAUCAUCUGGGUCCAGUACCUGCCCCAGUACUUUGACCAGCCCUACGCCUCCCACUUCGCCUACCAACUGCUCAUCGCCCUCGCCACCAACUUCAUCGGCUACGGCAUGGCCGGCGUCUGCCGUCGCUUCCUCGUCUACCCCUCCUACUGCGUCUGGCCCGCCUCCCUCGUCACCAUCGCCCUCAACUCGGCCUUCCACACCGACGCCAACCCGCCGGUCGAGGGCCCCUUCCGCCGCAUCUGGCGCAUCUCGCGCAUCAAGUUCUUCUACCUCAUGUUCGCCGCCAUGUUCGUCUGGUUCUGGUUCCCCAACUACCUCUGGGUCAGCCUCUCCAAGUUCAACUGGAUCAGCUGGAUCGCCCCGGGCCACCGCGACGUCAACGUCAUCACCGGCAUCAACCACGGCCUCGGCGUCAACCCCUUCCCGACCUGGGACUGGAACGUCCUCCUCUGGGACUCGGCCGACCCCCUCAUGGUGCCCUUCUUCAGCACCCUGAACCGCUUCAUCGGCGUCUUCGCCUCCUUCUGGAUCGUCCUCGGCUUCUGGUACAAGAACGUCUACGACACCGGCUACCUGCCCAUCAACACGAACCGCGUCUACGACCACUUCGCCCAGCUCUACAACAUCACCCUCGCCACCGACGACCGCGGCCUCUUCGACCAGGCAAAGUACUCGGCCUACUCGCCGCCCUUCCUCGGCGCCGGGAACAUCGUCAUCUACAUGUUCUUCUUCGGCAUCUACACCUCCACCCUGACCUACGCCCUCCUCUACCACCGCCACGAGAUCGUCAUGGGCUUCAAGGCCCUCUACAACAGCUUGCGCAGGAAGAAGCCCGUCCGCGAGGAGACCGUCCUUGACGUCCACAGCCGCCUCAUGAAGGCCUACCCCGAGGUCCCCGAGUGGUGGUACCUCGCCUGCCUCGCCUGCGCCAUCGGCCUCGGCAUCGCCGGCAUCGCCGGCUGGGACACUCACACCUCGCCCGCCGUCAUCUUCUUCGGCCUCGCCCUCUGCGUCAUCUUCGUCAUCCCCGUCGGCAUCAUCAAGGCCAUGACGGGCAUCGAGGUCACCCUCAACGUCCUCGCCGAGUUCGUCGGCGGCUCCUGGGUCGACGGCAACGCCCUCGCCAUGAAUUACUUCAAGUCCUUCGGCUACGUCACCUGCGCCCACGCCGUCUGGUUCUGCAAUGACUUGAAGCUCGCCCACUACGUCAAGAUCCCGCCCCGCCACACCUUUGUCGCCCAGAUCAUUGCCACCUUCAUCAGCACCAUCGUCUGCAUCGGCGUCCUCAACUUUCAGCUGCAGAACAUCGACGGCGUCUGCACCCCGGACGCCCAGUACAAGCUGACCUGCCCCGGCGUCAACACCUUCUUCACCGCCUCCGUUCUCUGGGGCACCGUCGGCCCCCAGAAGAUCUUUGGGCACGACGGCCAGUACAGCGCCACCCUCCUCGGUUUCCCCCUCGGCGUUCUCAUCGUCGUCGUGUUCUGGGGACUCGGCAAGAAGUUCCCUCACUGGACCUGGGUCCGCCAGAUCCACCCUGUCGCCAUCAUGUACGGCGGCAUCGUCUGGGCGCCCUACAACAUGUCUUACGUCUGGCCCUCGGUGCCCAUCGCCUACUUCUCGUGGAUCUAUCUCAAAUCCCGAUAUCUCGGGUUGUGGUCCAAGUACAACUUCGUUCUCUCGGCCGCCUGGUCGUGCGGUAUCGCCAUCGCCGGCAUCAUCAUCUUCUUCAGCCUCCAGUACACGUCAACCGAUCUCGACUGGUGGGGGAACGUCGUGUCGGAGAGGGGCUGCGAAGGCGACGCCUGUCGGCUCAAGACGCUCGCCCCGGGAGAGUACUUCGGGCCUCGGGUAGGCGAGUUUCAAUGA